AUGAAGAACAACAAGUAUAGUUGCAGGCCUGUUUUGCUGGUAAACUACAACUUGCCACCUGAUUUAUGCAUGAAGAAGGAGAACAUAAUGCUUACAUUGGUGAUUCCUGGUCCACAUCAGCCUGGAAAUAGCAUUGACGUCUACUUAGAGCCGCUCAUAGAAGAUUUAGAACAUCUGUGGAAUCACGGAAAGCUAACAUAUGACGCAUACAGUAAGUCUACUUUCACUCUCAAGGCGAUGAUGCUUUGGACGAUAAGUGAGUUCCCAGCUUAUGGAAAUCUUGCAGGCUGCAAAGUGAAAGGUAAAAUGGGCUGCCCUUUGUGUGGGAAAAAUACGGACUGUAUGUGGUUGAAGUUCAGUCGGAAACAUGUAUACAUGUCUCAUAGAAAGGGACUGCCACCAACACAUAGCUUUCGGGGAAAGAAGUCUUGGUUUGAUGAGAAAGUGGAAUAUGGCAGAAAGGGAAGAAUUUUGAGCGGUCGUGAAAUAUCAAGGAAUCUCAGAAAUUUCAAGAACGAUUUUGGAAACUUGAAACGAUCCGCUAGAAAGAGGAAAAAGCCUGUGUGUACAUCUGUAGUCGCUGAAGUUGACGUUCUAUCAAGUGAAUCAGAGGAAGAUGAAGAGGAAGAAUUAGAAGUAGAUGCAGAGGAGUUACUGCGGUGGAAGAAAAACUCAAUCUUUUUCAAGUUAUCUUAUUGGAAGGAACUCCCUGUGAGACAUAACUUGGACGUGAUGCAUGUAGAGAGGAAUGUGGUUGCAAGUAUAGUGGCUACAUUGUUGUAUUGUGGAAAGUCAAAGCAUGGUCUUCAAGCUCGUAAAGAUCUAGAGGAGCUUGGUAUUAGGAAGGAUCUACAUCCAACCAUCCAAGGAAAAAGAACGUAUCUACCAGCUGCACCUUGGUCCCUUUCCAAGACGGAGAAGAAGUUUUUUUGCAGACGACUGUUUGACUUCAAAGGCCCUGAUGGAUAUUGCUCAAACAUAUCAAGAGGUGUGUCAUUGGAUGACUGUAAGAUCACGGGCCUGAAAUCGCAUGACUAUCACGUCCUAAUGCAACAACUUCUUCCCAUUGCACUUAGAGGAUUGCUACCUAAAGGUCCUAGACUAGCAAUAGUACGCUUAUGCAUGUUUUUCAACCAUUUGUGUCAGCGAAUCAUAGAUAGAGAACAACUUCUGGUAAUGGAAGCUGAGAUUGUUGAGACUCUUUGCAUGUUCGAGAGAUUUUUUCCUCCAAGCUUUUUCGACAUAAUGGUGCAUCUGACGGUACAUCUAGGAAGGGAAGCCCGACUUGGUGGUCCAGUUUAUUUCAGGUGGAUGUACCCAUUUCAAAGGUAUAUGAAAGUCCUGAAGGACUUUGUGAGAAAUUCUGCUAGACCAGAGGGAUGCAUCGCAGAGUCAUAUCUUGCAAAAGAAUGCAUCCAGUUUUGCAGUGACUUCCUCAGGAAUACAACAAGUGUUCAAGAUAAACUUGAUAGGAACAUCGAGUAUGAAAAUGUUUCCAUUUUGGAGGGUCGUCCAAUCUCUGCAGGCUCUCCAAUAACUCUUGAUUCUACACGCCAUGGUGAAACACUUAAAUGGUUGGCUUAUGGGCCUCGUUGCUCUGCGAGAUCAUACACAGGAUAUAUAGUGAAUGGGCAAUGGUUUCACACAAAUUCAGUUGAUAGAAAAUGUCAGAAUAGUGGGGUUUUUUAUGAGGCUACAUCCGUCUGUAGGUCUAGUGCGAAAGACACAUCACAAGUGGACGAUUGGGUCUCUUACUAUGGCAGAGUUUCAGAAAUUAUUUUGUUGGAUUAUAAUGUGUUCUACGUGGCUCUAUUUCGGUGCCAGUGGGCAGUACUGGGUAAUGGAGUUAAGAUAGACGAUGGUUUCACACUUGUCAAUCUGCAUCACAGUCAGACCUCUUUCUUGAGAGAUCCAUACAUAUUAGCCUCACAAGCGAAGCAGGUUUUUUACUCUAGGGAAGAUGAGCUAUCAAAUUGGUAUGUGGUAAUGAGAGGUCCUUCAAGAAGAUACAGCAAAGAAGAAGUCCAAGAAGGAAAUGCGGACAUUGGGCAAUUGCCAUCAACUGUUGUCAUGGAUGAAUCUGAGAUUUCACGAUGUGAUUGUGAAGGCAUAUAUGUUUGA